AUGGACGACUCCGAGCGACGAUCCGCCAAGCGCUCGCGUUUCGACCAGACCGAACCCGAGCCGCGCAAGGCCUCGCGAUUCGACCGUCGCUCUCGAUCACCUCCCGCAAGACGCUCCGAAUCCGCAAGAGAUCGCAGCCCGAUUCCCGGCGACAAUGCCGCAGAGUCUAAGAAGUCGCCUAUAGAUCCCGCGGCUGCAGCCGCUGCCGCUGCUGCGCGAAUCAAUGCGCAACUCCAAGCGAAGAAGGGAAUCCAGCAUGUCGAUGUUCCCCCGAUCAAGACGGCGACUCCCCCCGACAACGCAGGCGCGCAAUCACCCGAUCCGGCCAACACGAUCAAUGGCGAGAUGUACAUUGCAGACGGCGACUACAUUAAGGAUAUCGAGGUCAACGAUCUCCGCAACAGAUACCUCCUGACCAAAGGAUCGACCCAGAAGAUGGAACAAAGGUUGACUUUGAAAGAUGUUACUACCCGAGGAAGCUACUAUCCCGACAAGAGCAUGGCGACGUCUGCGAACCCGCCUCUGUAUUUGCACGUCACUAGCACAUCGAAGACGGGUCUUGAACAGGCUGUGGCCAAGAUCGAAGAGCUCAUGAAACAGGAACUCCCGGCUCUGGUCGAUGAGCGUCGCUUCCGUCGUCGCGACCAAGAGCAGGUUGAGAGAGAUGAGUUUGGUCGACGCAAAUGGCCUGAAGAGAAGAUCCCGAUCCGUUUGGAGUCCGUCCCGGGUUUCAAUCUCCGUGCUCAGGUAGUUGGCCAUGGAGGUGCCUAUGUCAAGCACAUCCAACAGGAAACCCAGUGCCGUGUUCAGAUCAAGGGCCGUGGUUCUGGUUAUCUCGAGGCGGCCACUAACCGUGAAAGCGACGAGGAUAUGUAUCUCCAUGUUGCCGGACCCGACCCGAAAAUGGUUGAGAAGGCGAAGGAGCUCUGCGAAGACUUGAUCGAGAAGGUCAAGGAAGAGUACGAGGAUUUCAAGAACAGGCCUCCCCGUUCUUACGGCGGUGGCGGCGGCUACGGUGAUCGCUCGCGCCACGAUGGCGGUCACGGUGGACAUGGUGGACACGGAGGCUACCAGGGUUACGGCGGUGGUGGCUACAACUCCGGUCACGGCGGCCACGGAGGUCAUGGAGGACACGGCGGUCACGGCAGUCACGGUGGCCAUGGCGCUGGACAGUCUGCCAGCCCUGUUCCUGCUGGCAGCUCUAACAGCCCUGCAGCUGGAGCCGACUACGCCGCUCAGUACGCGCAAUACUAUGGACAGGACCCUUAUGCUGCCUACGGUGGCUAUGCCGCGUACGUCCAGAUGUAUCAACAAUAUUACGCUUCUGGGCAAUACCAGCAGCAAGGCUCGCCCGCCCCUCCUGGAGCGUCAGCUUCUCCUCCUCCCCCGCCGCCGAGCGAGGCUGCUCCUCCCCCACCCCCUCCUCCGAGUUCCGCUCCUCCGCCCCCGCCUCCUUCCGGCUCCACCCCGGGAGCUGGAGGAUAUGGCGCAGUCUCGACCGCCAAAAUGAGCCACCAAAGAUACCCCUCCCACGAUCCCCUCAAGGAACCCCAUUCCGUCUCCCUCAAAGUCCUCAGAUUAUCGCGCCCGUCACUAGUAACCCAACACCCGAUCCGACCGCCCCUAGCCCCCUCCCACCUCCCCGCGGACCCCUCGCCCGCCUCCCUGGCCUACGACACAACCGCCGCCCCGCCGACGAACCCCUCUCCCUUCCUCCUCUCCCCGAUCCUCAACCUGCCCCUGAGCUUCGGCUCCGCCUACGUCGGCGAGGUCUUCAGCUGCACGCUAUGCGCGAACCACGACGCCCUCGAGCCGGCCCCGGGCACGAAGCGCAAGGUCAUCAGGGACGUGCGGAUCGAGGCGGAGAUGAAGACGCCGGGGGCGAGCGCGGUGCAGAAGCUGGAGCUCACGCCGCGGGACGGGGACGGAGAGGAAGAGGCCAAGGGGACGGACCUGGAGCCCGGGGAGACGUUGCAGAGGAUCGUCAACUUUGACUUGAAAGAGGAGGGAAACCACGUCCUUGCGGUCACGGUGAGCUAUUACGAGGCGACGGAGACGUCGGGUAAGACGCGGACGUUCCGGAAGCUGUACCAGUUCAUCUGCAAAUCGUCGCUCAUUGUGCGGACCAAGAUCGGGCCAUUGGCGCCGGCGAAGAACGGGGCCCGCAGGUGGGUUCUCGAGGCGCAGCUGGAGAACUGCUCCGAGGACGUCAUCCAGCUGGAGAAGGCGGUGCUCGACCUGGAGGAGGGGCUAGGCUACACGGACUGCAACUGGGAGGAGGGCAGUGGGGCCGCGCGGCCGGUACUGCACCCCGGAGAGGUGGAGCAGGUGUGUUUUGUGGUCACGGAGGCGGACGGGGCCCGUGCCGAGCCCGGCGAGGACGAGAGAAUCAUGUUCGGGGUGCUGGGCGUGGGAUGGAGGGGAGAGAUGGGUAAUAGGGGCUAUCUCUCGACUGGCAAGCUCGGGACGCGCCACGUAGCCUGA